AAUGAGUGUCUGGUCAACCGCCAGCUUUGUGACAAUGGCCUGUGCAGAAACACUCCUGGCUCGUAUACAUGUUCCUGCCCAAAAGGUUUUGUCUUCAAGCCAGACUCAGAGACAUGUGAAGAUAUCAACGAAUGCGAGUCCAGUCCAUGCAUCAAUGGGGUCUGUCGCAACGUGAUCGGGUCCUUCAACUGUGAGUGCACCCAUGGGAGCAAGCUGGACUCUACAAACACCAUCUGUGUGGAUAGCAUGAAGAGUACUUGUUGGCUGACAAUACAGGACAACCGCUGUGAGGUGAACAUCAACGGGGCCACGCUCAAGUCUGAGUGCUGUUCUACAUUGGGAGCAGCCUGGGGAAGCCCUUGUGAACGCUGCACGAUUGACACGGCCUGUUCACGAGGAUUCGCUCGCAUGAAGGGCCUUGUCUGUGAAGAUAUUAACGAGUGUGAGGUGUUCCCUGGAGUGUGUACAAACGGCCGCUGUGUGAACACACAAGGCUCCUUCCGCUGCGAGUGUGCCGAGGGCCUCACUUUGGACAGUACUGGACGCACGUGCGUGGAUAUGCGCAGUGAGCAGUGCUACAUGAAGUGGCACGAGGACGAGUGUGGCGAGCCUCUGCCCGGGCGGUACCGAGUGGACAUGUGUUGUUGCUCUGUGGGCGCCGCCUGGGGUGUGGACUGUGAAGAGUGUCCCAAAGCCAGCUCGCCUGAGUAUAGAGCCAUCUGUCCAAGAGGCCCUGGUUUUGCUAACAGGGACAUCCUAACUGGCAGGCCUUUCUACAAAGAUGUUAAUGAGUGCAAAGUCUUCAACGGUUUGUGUACUCAUGGAACUUGCCGGAACACCAUCGGAAGCUUCAAGUGUCGCUGCAACAGCGGCUUUGCUCUGACGGCCGAGGAGAGAAACUGUACAGACAUCGACGAGUGUCGCAUCUCCCCGGACUUGUGUGGUCACGGUACAUGUGUCAAUACUCCUGGCAGCUUUGAGUGUGAAUGCUUUGAUGGCUACGAGAGCGGCUUCAUGAUGAUGAAGAAUUGCAUGGACAUCGACGAGUGCGAGCGCAACCCCCUGUUGUGUCAAGGCGGGACCUGUCUCAACACUGAAGGCAGUUAUGAGUGUGAAUGCCCCCCAGGACACACGCUCAGCCCCGAUGGAUCGGCUUGUGAAGAUGUGAAUGAGUGUCAGCUUAGUGACAACUUGUGUAAGAACGGCCAGUGCGUCAACAUGCCGGGAACCUACCAGUGUUCAUGUGACACCGGCUACCAGGCCACACCGGACAGACAGGGCUGCGUUGAUAUUGAUGAGUGCACCAUCAUGAAUGGAGGCUGUGAGACCCACUGCACCAACUCAGAGGGCAGCUAUGAGUGCAGCUGCAGCGAAGGCUACGCUCUCAUGCCAGACCUCAGGACAUGUUCGGACAUUGAUGAGUGUGAGGAGACGCCAGACAUCUGCGACGGAGGCCAGUGUACAAACAUUCCAGGGGAAUACCGCUGCCUGUGCUAUGACGGUUUUAUGGCUUCCAUGGACAUGAGGACCUGCAUUGAUGUGAACGAGUGUGAUUUGAACCCAAACAUUUGUCUCCACGGCGAAUGUGAGAACACCAAAGGCUCCUUCAUCUGUCACUGUCAGCUUGGAUACUUUGUCAAGAAGGGAUCCACUGGAUGCACAGAUAUUGAUGAGUGUGAGAUCGGAGCCCAUAACUGUGACAUGCACGCCGCAUGUAUCAACGUUCCCGGAAGCUUCAAGUGUCGGUGCCGGGAUGGCUGGGUGGGAGAUGGCAUCAAGUGUGUCGAUCAGGAUGAGUGCGCCGCAGAGGACCACAACUGCAACCUGAACGCAGACUGCGUCAAUACGCCAGGAUCUUUCAGAUGCACAUGCAAGGAGGGCUUCAAUGGAGAUGGCUUUUCCUGCUCUGACAUGGACGAGUGUGCAGACAAUGUCGACCUGUGUGAAAACGGCCAAUGCCUCAAUGCUCCUGGAGGCUAUCGUUGCGAGUGUGAGAUGGGCUUCACCCCAACAGAGGACAGCAAGGCCUGUCAAGAUAUCGAUGAGUGUAAUUUCCAGAACAUCUGCGUAUUUGGAACAUGCCAGAACCUUCCAGGGAUGUUCCGCUGUGUCUGUGAUGAUGGUUAUGAACUAGACCGUAGUGGAGGAAACUGCACAGACAUCAAUGAGUGUGCCGACCCAGUGAACUGCAUCAACGGAUUGUGCGUGAACACUCCAGGAAGUUACCUGUGCAACUGCCCGUCCGACUUUGAGCUCAACCCGACUGGUGUCGGUUGUGUAGAUACCCGUGUGGGAAAUUGCUUCCUCGACAUCCUCGCGCGCGGCGAUGGAGGAAUCUCCUGCAGUGCUGAGAUCGGAGUGGGCGUGACUCGAGCUUCUUGUUGCUGUUCACUGGGAGGAGCCUGGGGAAACCCUUGCGAACUUUGCCCUGCUCCCAACUCGACCGAAUAUCGGACUCUUUGCCCCGGAGGAGAAGGUUUCAGACCCAACCCCAUUACCGUCAUCCUAGAAGAUAUUGAUGAGUGCCAGGAGCUUCCAGGCCUCUGCCAGGGUGGAAACUGUGUCAACACCUUUGGUAGCUUCCAGUGUGAAUGCCCAGCAGGUUAUUAUCUCAAUGAGGAGACUCGCAUCUGUGAAGACAUUGAUGAAUGUACCACCCACAUUGGGAUCUGUGGACCUGGUACCUGCUACAAUACUUUGGGCAACUACACAUGCGUGUGUCCCCCUGAGUACAUGCAGGUCAACGGAGGAAACAACUGCAUGGACAUGAGAAAAAGCGUGUGUUAUCGCAACUUCAAUGACACAUGCGAGAACGAGCUGUCGUUCAACAUGACCAAGAAGAUGUGUUGCUGUGCGUACAACGUAGGCAAGGCCUGGAACAAGCCUUGCGAGGCCUGCCCAACUCCCGCCACCUCUGAAUAUCAGUUACUUUGUGGUAACCAGGCCCCUGGCUUCAUCAUUGACAUCCAUACUGGAAAGCCCGUUGAUAUAGAUGAGUGCAGGGAGAUUCCCGGUAUCUGCGCCAAUGGCGUAUGUAUCAACCAGAUCGGAAGCUUCCGUUGUGAAUGUCGAAUGGGCUUCAGCUACAACAACAUCCUGCUCAUAUGUGAAGAUAUUGACGAGUGUAACAGCGGGGACAACCUGUGCCAGCGUAACGCCAAGUGUAUCAACAUUCCCGGCAGUUACCGCUGCGAGUGUUCGCCAGGCUUCAAACUCUCCCCAAGUGGAGCCUGCUUGGACCGCAACGAGUGCCAGGAGAUUCCCAACGUGUGCAGCCACGGAGAGUGCAUUGAUACCCAAGGCAGCUACCGGUGUCUCUGCCACAACGGCUUCAAGGCGACCGCAGACCAGACAAUGUGCAUGGACAUUGAUGAGUGCGACAGACAGCCGUGUGGCAACGGCACCUGUAAAAACACCGUGGGGUCCUACAACUGCCUGUGCUUCCCUGGCUUCGAGCUCACGCACAACAAUGACUGCAUGGAUAUCGACGAGUGCAGCGCUCUGCAGGGUCAAGUGUGCAGGAAUGGGCAGUGCAUCAACGGAAUGGGUUCCUUCCAAUGUCUCUGCCACGAAGGUUAUGAGAAUACACCUGAUGGGAAAAACUGUGUUGAUAUCAACGAGUGCGUGAGUCUACCUGGCACGUGCUCCCCGGGAACUUGUCAGAAUUUGGAUGGAUCCUUCCGAUGUAUUUGUCCUCCGGGCUACGAGGUGCAGAAUGACCAGUGCAUUGAUAUCAAUGAGUGUGAGGUGGAACCAAACCUUUGCCAGUUUGGCACCUGCACCAACACCCCUGGCAGCUUUCAGUGCACCUGCCAGCCGGGCUUCGUGCUUUCUGACAACAAGCGGCGCUGCUAUGACACCCGAGAGAGUUUCUGCUUCACCAAAUUCGACGUGGGAAAGUGUUCCGUCCCAAAAGCUUUCAACACCACCAAAGCCAAGUGCUGCUGCAGCAAAAUGCCCGGAGAGGGCUGGGGGCUUCCUUGUGAGCUGUGUCCCAGAGAGACCGAAGCUGCUUUUAACACGUUGUGUCCCUACGGCCACGGAGCGCUGCCCGGACUUGGCGAUGCUCGUGAGGAUAUGAAUGAGUGUCUGGAUAACCCAGGCAUCUGCCAGAAUGGCAUCUGCAUCAACACCGACGGUUCGUUCCGCUGUGAAUGCCCCUUUGGAUACAACCUGGACUACACUGGAGUUAAUUGUAUUGACGCGGAUGAGUGCUCCAUUGGAAACCCUUGCGGAAAUGGAACCUGCACCAAUGUGGUGGGAGGCUUCGAAUGUUCUUGCCAAGAGGGCUUUGAACCCGGACCCAUGAUGACAUGUGAAGACAUCAACGAGUGCUCAAAGAAUCCUCUGCUAUGCGCCUUCCGCUGCGUGAACACCUUUGGCUCCUACGAGUGCAUGUGCCCUACGGGCUACGUGCUGCGAGACGACCAGCGCAUGUGUAGAGACCAGGAUGAGUGCUCAGAGGGUCUGGAUUACUGUGACUCCAAGGGUAUGACGUGUAAGAACCUGAUCGGGACCUUCAUGUGUAUUUGCCCACCUGGCAUGCAGCGUCGGCCUGAUGGAGAGGGAUGUAUGGACUUGAAUGAAUGCAGAGCCAAGCCUGGCAUUUGUAAGAACGGACGCUGCGUCAACACUGUGGGAAGUUACCGCUGCGAGUGCAACGAUGGCUUCGAGCCCAGCUCCACUGGAACUGAGUGUAUUGACAACCGUAAGGGCUUCUGUUUCAUGGAGGUCCUGCAGACCAUGUGUCAGCAGUCAUCCACCAACAGGAACAGUGUGACCAAGUCCGAGUGCUGCUGCAACACAGGUCGAGGCUGGGGCUUGCAGUGUGAGCUCUGCCCACUGCCUGGCACCGUCCAGUACAAGAAGAUGUGCCCUCUUGGGCCCGGCUACACCACAGAUGGCAGGGAUAUCAACGAGUGUCAGGUGAUGCCAGAUCUGUGUCGCAACGGUCAGUGCAUCAACACUAUCGGAUCCUUCCGCUGCCACUGUAACGUUGGAUACAAGACCGACUUCACUGCUACCUCAUGUGUCGACAUGGAUGAGUGCUCACUGUCUCCCAAGCCGUGUAACUUUCUGUGUAAAAACACAGAGGGCAGCUACCUCUGCUCCUGUCCAAGAGGAUACACCUUGCAGCCUGAUGGAAAGACCUGCAAGGAUCUGGACGAAUGUUCCACCAAGCAACACAACUGCCAGUUUCUUUGUGUCAACACCAUUGGAGGUUUCACUUGCAAGUGCCCUCCCGGCUUCUCUCAGCAUCAAACCGCCUGCAUAGACAACAAUGAGUGCAUGGGUCAGAACAGUGUGUGCGGUUCUCAGGCUUCUUGUGUCAACACUCCUGGUAGCUUCAACUGUGAGUGCUCUAAGGGCUUCACUUUAGACACUACGGGCCUGGAAUGUGAGGAUGUGGACGAAUGCAGCAGUAACCACCGCUGUCAACAUGGCUGUCAGAACAUGAUGGGAGGAUUCCGCUGCGGCUGUCCUCAAGGCUACGUGCAACACUACCAGUGGAACCAGUGUGUCGAUGAAAAUGAGUGCCAGUCAGCCUCAAUGUGCGGCUCAGCUUCCUGCUACAACACGCUGGGUAGCUACAAGUGUGUGUGCCCCUCCGGCUUUGACUUCGAGGCCGCCGCUGGGGGCUGCCAGGAUGUGAACGAGUGCUCCAUGGGAGGCAACCCGUGUAUGUACGGCUGCUCCAACACGGAUGGAGGAUACCUUUGCGGCUGUCCUGGCGGCUUCUACAGGGCUGGACAAGGUCACUGUAUAUCGGGUUCAGGCUUCACGAACCAAUUGGGUGCAGAAGGCGAGGAGGACGACAGUCUGUCUCCUGAGGCCUGCUACGAGUGUAAGAUCAACGGAGGAGGAAAGAAUGGACGACACAAACGCAACGCAAAUGAAAAUGAGCUUGAUCAGGAGCCAGUGAGUCUGGCCAGCGUGGACACGGACGCCUCCAUCCCUAUGAAUCUUUCUUUGGCCUCGUUCCUCAACAAGGAACCUCUGUUGGAGUUGCUGCCCGCCCUGCAGCCGCUGGAGCACCACGUGCGCUACGUCAUCACCCACGGCGACGCCAGCGAACACUUCCGCCUGGUGGAGCGCCGCGACGGAAAGAGCGUGCUGAGGUUGGGCAAGAGGCCGCCUCCCGCCGGAUCCUACCGGCUUGACAUCGCCAGCCUUCCCCUGUUCGGGCCCCGGAGAAGAAACCAGCUGGAGGAGCAGCACGACAAGGACUACCUACGAGGGGAAAUAGGGGACGCCCUGCGCAUCAAGCUUCACAUCCACCUGCACUGAACGCGCUUACAAGCCGCCGCCCCUGGACUGACCCCCCUGAACCUUUGAGUUUUAACCCGCCUUUGUAUCCAGCAGAGGGUUAACCGGGGGCUAUGAAAGACUAAGGCAAUCAGCCCAACUUUACCACCACUUUGUUACUGUUCAUGUUAUUAUGUGUUCAUGUUUUGUGUGAUUUAGAUUUUCCUUUUUUUUUUUAACCAUGAUUACUUGUGUCCAUCCUCCUCUUCCACAACAAGCACUCCUGUGGAGCAGAUCACAGUGAGGUGCGUCGAGCGCCCCCCACCCUAAUGCAGGGCUUCUCAAUAAACUGGGAUAUUAUUGAAACGUAAUUUAUUUCAGGAGUUCAGUGCACAACAUGAACUGAAUCACCUAAAGGCAAAAUUUUACCAUCUCAAGAAAUAAGAAUAUUUCAUCAGAAACGAUCAAAAUCAUUUUUAUGAUCGUAAUUAGAGAAGACAUAAGAUGAAAAUUAUUUUAGAAGCUAUUUAAUAUAUGACCUUAUAUUUUGAAUUUGAAAUAAAUGCACUUUUCUACAAUAAUCCAGUUUAUUGAGGUGUAAUUAUAAAAGACAUAAUGGCACACAAGUCCAUGAAGCACUUUUGUAAGCAGGCAAGUUAAAAAAAGAAAAAAAAAAAAGCACAACACAUGAGGGGAUUUAUAACGAGGGGGGAAAAAGUGCUGAGAGCUGCCAUAACCGUCUUUCUGCAUGCAUUUAAAGUAAUCCAGCCACAUCUGACAAGGAAUGAGGCAUCAUCAUGGCACCUCUCUGGGAUAUUCAUUUCAAACAUCUCGCUUCAUGCGACUGUUUCGAGUCAUGUCACGGGGCCGUUUGUGUGAGAGGGCCGCAACUGUAACGCAACAUUUCAGGUUCAUCAAUUCGCACUUGGUUGCAUGUGUUAGGUUACCUCAGUGCUUCUCACCCAGUGCGAUGCUGACAUGCAAACCAAAGAGGGUGCUAUCGUCAUGAGCAGGGAAUACUACAGCCAGCAGCUUUUUCCAAAGAAGCUAGAUCAGGUCACUUUAGGAUUAAUUCCCUUUUUAGGGAUUUAAGAGUGCAUUGAUUCUUAAGAUAGGAGGGGUCAACUGAUAGGAGGCAACAGUCAUCUGACCAGAAUUAUCUUCUUUAUAUGGGCUGAAACAUGUUUACACCACAGCACCAAAUAGUACCAGUCUUGACAAGCUGUAAGGUAGAGUGAUUACAGUCACAACGCAUGCACAAAAA